AUGGGCAACUUACUGGAGAACCUACCGACCGAGAUUCUCCUCCCAAUAAUUACAAGCCUUCCGGAUCUUGACUCACUUUGGAAAUUACUGCAAGCGUCCCCACGGGUGUGGCAUCUAUUCGAGGAUGCUUCCACGUCUCUUGUCAUCACAGAAGGCAUACUGUCAGGGCCACACUCAACAAUCCCAGACAAUAUCAGACAGCUUAUUCGAGGCGUGAUACUUGUUCGCUCAGGCACACUUCCUUUCGAAGAUCUAGAUGAAUUUGGGUCUCGAUUCAUGAAGGCUAUGAUUCCAUGUAUUUCAGAUCAACCAGCUGUCGAGACUCUGGGCCCGGACUCGCUGUCUCACAAGUCAAAUCCCGCAAUACUCAGAUCCGUUAUUGCAACGGCUUAUCAUCUGUCAGCUCUAUCGCAGUCAUACUUGGCGUCCUGCUUGGAAAGACUGCGAGAUCCGAGUUUCCGGCCGUUACAUGCUCAUAACCCAUCGCCGCAUUACACCCAUGAUUAUAAAGGUGCUGAAGGGUAUGUCCCUGCCUGGGAUCGCGAAUUUGUUGGCACACCUGCCCAUGUUGUUAAUAUAGGACAGCCAACAUGGGUAGAGGAGAUGCGUGCGGUGCGAGUAAUGUGGAUUAUACAGCUCGUAGGCGAGAUGCAACUCCUUGGUAGCAAGUCUAACAUUGGGUGGUCCGAAGAGGAUGUAUCCCGUCUACUUGACAUGGACCCGGUCGAUCUGUUCCAUGAGCCCGGUAGUCCAAUCUGCGAUACAGAGCCAAUUAAAUCGGUGAUGGACUAUCUUGCAACGCUGAGAAGCCCGGAUGAAGAUCGUUUUUAUCGACUUCCUGCAGCGCCUGCGCCGUCACUCGACAAUCGAUGGACAACGGCACUCCCGAAUCACAACGAAGUGUUUAUGCAAGUGAAAGCUUACCGCUUAAAUGGUAAAUUCCACUGGUUAAGAAAAGGGUCCCAAGUGCCGGAAGGAGCAACGCCAGUGGAAAUACCCACAGUUACCGAUGAGAAGCUGUGGGAGCAGACGGCAUUGGCUUUCGACUUUCGGCCAUACGGUCUGAAUUUCUGGCAGCUACUAAAGGAUGAUUUCCAUUCUGGCAGGUCGCCUAUACCUGGUGUCAGUUUUCAAUCCUUCCGUCGGCUAGGUCUUGCUUUUUGGGACAGGAAAAGAUUAUGGCUUUUGGGCUUAGCCUCUGGUGUAAAUAUCAAGAAUUCUCCCUCUGAGGCAUUCUACUUCUUUGCCUGGGAGAGUAUUUUACCACCUGAGGAGGUUGCUUGUAUCAAGGCUAGGGCUAGAGAAACUUCUCAAGCUUUGGAAGCGAGAUGA